AUGGAUUGGACCGCUCUGGAGAAAUAUAAGGUUGACCUGGGUAGUUACGACUCACUCUACCGAGAAUUCCAUCAGAAUCCGGAAAUCUCAACCCUCGAACAUGAAACUGCAGAGAAGAUCGCAGCCCAUUUGAAGAGCUUGUCCUCGGAUUUGGAUAUUCGCACGGGAAUCGGUGGCACCGGUCUCAUCGCCAUCUGCAAAAAUGGAACGGGUCCGACGGUCCUGCUUCGAGCCGACAUGGAUGGACUGCCUAUUCACGAGGAGACGGGGCUGGAUUACGCAUCGACGAAAACAAUGAAGGACACGCAAUUAGAUAACGCCAUCAAGCCCGUGAUGCACGCAUGUGGCCACGAUUUUCACAUUACUUGCAAUUUGGGUGCGGCCGAGACCCUACUCAAAGCGAGGGAUAUAUGGUCGGGUACUGUCAUUUUCCUCUUUCAGCCAGCCGAGGAACGCGGGUGCGGUGCCCAGGCAAUGGUUGAUGAUGGCCUAUUUGAUCCGAAGAAGCAUGCUUGCCCGAUCCCCGACAUUUUUCUUGGACAGCAUAUCUUCCCCUUGGAGCCUGGGUGUAUUAUCAGCAAAUCCGGGUCAUUCCUGGCUGCAGCUGACAGUCUACGGAUCACUGUCUUUGGUCAAGGCGGCCACGGUAGCAUGCCUCACCGAUGUGUCGACCCUGUCGUCCUCGCCUCGUCCAUUGUGAUGAAACUGCAAACGAUUGUGAGCCGCGAGAUUGACCCCGAGGAAGUCGCCGUGGUGACGGUCGGCAGCUUGAAGGCCGGUGACACCGUCAACGUGAUUGGUGAUGAGGCUGUCCUGCAACUGAAUAUCAGGAGCAUGAGUAACGAGACGAGACAUUCGGCUCUGGAUGCAGUGAAGCGGAUUGUGAAGGCCGAAUGCGAGGCUUUCAGGUCCCCGAAGGAGCCGGUAUUCGAAACACUCAAUGCUUACCCUCCAACGUUGAACGAUCAAGAAGCCACGGAUACGAUUCAAAAAUCGUUCACUGAAUGCUUUGGCCACAAACAUCAUAGGGUGAGUAGGGCGAUCCCCGGCAGUGAGGACUUCCCGAAUUUAGCCACAGCAGUCGACAAACCCUAUGUUUUCUGGGGUUGGAGCGGCUCUGACGAGAAGAUCUGGGCCAAGCACGAACGAGAAGGCACAUUAGAUCAACUCCCUUUCAACCACUCGCAUCUUUUCGCCCCAGCGAUCCAUCCGACUUUGGGAAAUGGCAUUGACGCGAUGGUUGUGGCAGCGCUGAGCUUUGUGACUACUUAG